AGGAAAAGCAUCCAUGAAGAGAAGAAGGAAGGAAAAGGGGAGUAGGAACAUGAAAUGCUCUUUCAGGCAGUGGCUAAUUUGGCUACAGGGAAACCCCAAGGCAGAGGCAGAGGAAGGGGGGGAAGACAGGGUCCACCUGGUCCACCUAGAGGAGGGGACAAAAAAUGCUGGAACUGCGGGAAUCCCAAUCACUUCUACAGGAACUGCCCUCUGCCUCAGGUUGUGCAGGGGAAUCAAGCUGGAGGAGGGGGAGAAGUAAGACCAGGGCCUGUGAUGUGUUAUGUUUGCAAACAGCAGGGACAUCUCGCCAGCCAGUCUCCCAGCCCGAGUGCACAAGGCCCCGUGUGGCCUAUACCUCCUACCCAAUAGGUAGAGAACACACUGCCAAACAGGGUUGGCUCAUUUUGAAGUGUUGACAGGAAGGCCGAUGCGUGUUUUCUCUCCCUCAUGAUCCGUCACACUGGAGGCCAUGGAUGGGGAUUUGUUUACUUAUCUUCCAGGUUUGCGGCAAGUGAUAGGUGUAGCCUGGGACCAGGGGUCUCAUUUAUCAAGCGUGCGUACGCACGGUUUUAUGUGUAAAUCAUGCGUACGCACAAUUCUACUAAUAGAAUGCGAUUCAUUCAUUUGUACGUGUGCGUGAAAAUGUGCGCACAUUUAGAAGAACUCCUGACUGUGCGUAAGCAGAAUCCCCUAGUGGUAGAGAACUGUAAUCACAUAUACACCCAGUGCCCUUAUACUUCUCCAAUUAAAUGUCAGUGUUGACAAAUUGAUUACUUGAAUACUUGAGUACAACAGGUGAUUCUGAGUUAUCUGGAACAGUCAAGAAUAUAAAAUAGCCUACACAAUUGAAGAACUGUUUUUGGAAAUGCAUUGACUACAAUGGCAGACCUUGCGCUUCUUGAAGAUUUGCAACAAGCACUUUUGCGCAGAGAUCGCGUUUUCAGGGACCGCACAGACUUACUCGCUGAGAGUGAUGAGUGGCUCAUUAGUCGUUUUCGUUUGCCAAGGGCAAUUUUGCUUGCUUUGUGUCAGCAGUUCUCGCAACUUUUGGAGAGGUCGACAAAGCGCACCAGUGCAGUCCCCGUGCACACUCAGGUUCUUUCUACUAUUGGCUUUUUAGCCACAGGCACAUUUCAAAGGGAAAUUGGUGACAGGUCUGGUAUUUCUCAACCCACCGUGAGCCGAAUUAUGCCACACGUUUUACAUGCAAUUAUAUCACUUACAUCACAGUACAUUACGUUUCCAAAUACCGCAGCGGAAAGGACAAAAAUUAUGACCGAUUUCUACAACAUCGCAGGAUUUCCAAGUGUAAUAGGGGCAGUUGACUGCACACAUGUUGCCCUGAAAGCUCCUACUGCUGAUGAAUUUGCAUUUGUAAAUAGAAAAGGUUAUCACUCCAUUAACGUGCAGGUAAUCUGUGAUGCACACUUGAUCCUGCUAAAUGUCGUUGCGAACAGGCCGGGAGGGACACAUGAUUCCUUCAUUGUGCAGAACAGCAUCGUGGGACUUCGUCUUCAGCAAAGCGCUGCUGGAGAAGGCUGGCUUAUUGGGGAUCGAGGAUAUGCCCUUAAAUCCUGGCUGAUGACCCCAGUGGCAAACCCUGUAUCCCAAAAGGAGCUGAAUUACAACCGAGCACAUGAGCGCACAAGAAGCACAGUAGAACGUGCAAUAGGCUUGCUGAAGGCUCGAUGGCUGUGUCUGUCAGGCAGAGGAGGCAUAUUGCAAUACAAACCCGACAAGGUGUGCUAUAUCGUUAAAGCAUGCAGUGUGCUGCACAAUAUUGCCAUUAAAAACGGUAUACCACUGGAUGAGAUGCCAAUACAAGAAGAUCGCCACAUGGCAGAAGGUUUUGACCCCAUGCCAAAUGCUGUGGCCGUGCAACUAAGAGCAGGGAUAAUCGAACGGUUCUAAAUCUGUUUCACAAUAAGGAGUAAUUGUGAGAAAAUGAACCGCAUCAGUCAGGACUCGUGCCUCGAGACGCAUCGGACGUGCUGAAGUGGCAGGCGGAGCAGGACCUGGCAAAACUGGCAGAUCUAUAAAAUAAAUGUUACAUGAACAAUCCAAAUCAUUUGC